UUACGUUGUUUGUUUGUUGUGAAAAGAACCAACUUUUUAUUGCAACUUUUUAUCUUAAAUUUUACUCAGCAUGAAACUGCCGCAGUUUGUAAAAGUGCAUUGAAAUCCGCCAGCAAAACAAUAUGAAUUCCAUCAUGAGUCGGGGUCGGUGUGUCGCUUGCCAUAUCGAGGAACCGGGCAUGAUAGCGAUCUACCAGCAUCCCCGAGGCGUCGAUCGGCUUUGGACAUACGUGACCGGAAUCAUCGUAAAAUCCAAAGACGAGCUUUGCAUACCUUGCUACGACGAGCUGCGGAUAGCACACCGGUUUAAAGAGAAGUGCAUCCACAACAACAUCAACCGUCUGGGCCUGGGGCUACCGCGAAUAUCCGCAUCCCACACGAUGCAGCAGACCACUCCGAUCAGUGAUGAUUCGAUUAGUGCUCCUCUUAUGACGCCAGAACCGGCGGUGGCUGGGCGAAUGGGCGAAAGCAGUCACGUUGCCGCCGAAGAGCGUCUGCAAAUAGCGCCCGGAAAUGACGUGUCCAGCACCGGACGGCUAGAUAUUGUGAUCAAAUCGGAAAGCCUUCCAGAAGAACAGGAAGAACCGUUACAGGAGGCGGUAGCGGAAGAACAGCCCGAUGAUUCCGUUUCACUACUAAACGACAGUACAGCUGCCAGAACGGACUGCAGCGGCCAAGAAGCAUCGCCAGCACUGGAGGUGGUUAAGAUGGAGCUGGAGCUUUCGCUUGACGAUAUAGGACUGCGGGCCGAAUCACUCUCAGUGGACAGUUUCAACGAUGAAACGGAAGAAGGGAAAGAUGACGUUAACAGUAAGACGGAGCACGUUGACUCUCCAGCCGAAUCCGGAUCAGUACUGAAGUGCGUUCAGUGCGGACAGCUGUUCCAUACCCGGGCGGCACUCAAACAGCACCAGCAGCUCGAACACAAGAAGCUGCGCCGGGACAACACGAAUGCCGUCAAAUUUCGGCGCGUUCUUUCGGGCAAGAUCAAUGCUCUCAUGUGCCGGUACUGCUAUCGCGAAUUUAACGAACCGGAAGCGAAGGCCUUGCACGAGAAAACGCACCUCACCGAUCCGAAACCAUUCCAGUGUUCCUAUGACGAUUGCAAUCGACUGUUCCAGAACCGGUCCGCCCUGAACCGGCACUUUUACACUCACGUCAUCCCGAAGCGAUUCAAGUGCAGCGUGUGCCCGAAACGGUUCCACCAGCAAAGUUCGAUGGUGGUGCACGAACGGUUGCACCGCGGCGACAAGCCCCACAUUUGUCCGCAGUGCGGCAAGGGCUUUACGCACGUUUCCAACGUGAAGCGUCACAUCCGGUUUCACAACGGCGAAAAACCGUACCAGUGUGGCAAGUGUCCGGCACGGUUCACUACCAGCACCGAUCUACGGCGGCACAUGAACAGCAGGCGGUGCAUGAUGAUGUGGGCGCUCAAGGCGGCCAAGUAGAUGUUGUGGGACUGAGGCAAGGCUUACAGUGUGCAUGGGCGGGGGAUUGGUUUAUAAGGCAGAUGAUGAUUUUAUAUUUGCUACGAGGGAAACAUUAUGCAUUAAAAAAGUAGUGGU